AUGGCUGGUGGGGGGGUAAUUGCUCCGCCUCCCGGAGGUAAAGGGUAUCCCGGAGAACUGACGAAAAAAGUGUUAGUGACGUGCAUUGUGGCAGCCAUGGGAGGUCUAAUCUUCGGCUACGAUAUCGGAAUCUCAGGUGGUGUGACCUCUAUGUCUCCUUUCUUGAAGAAGUUCUUCCCUAAAGUGUAUAAGAAGCAGGAGGAUGUCGUUGGAUCUUCGGAUUCUUAUUGUAAAUUCAACAGCCCAAUUUUAACAAUGUUCACAUCGUCGCUGUAUUUGGCUGCUCUUGUAGCAUCUUUCUUAGCUUCGACUGUGACCAGAAAGUUUGGAAGAAGGAUAUCUAUGCUCGCUGGAGGACUUCUUUUUUGUGCUGGUGCAAUCGUGAAUGCCUCUGCUAAAAACGUUUUCAUGCUUAUUCUUGGUCGAAUUUUUCUUGGUGUCGGUAUUGGGUUCGCAAAUCAGUCAGUGCCACUCUACCUCUCUGAGAUGGCUCCAUACAAGUACCGUGGUGCUCUGAACAUAGUCUUUCAACUGUCCAUUACAAUUGGUAUCCUAGCCGCCAACUUGUUGAACUACUUCUUUGCCCAGAUCAAGGGAGGUUGGGGGUGGCGAUUGAGCUUGGGUGGUGCUGUUGUCCCUGCUUUGAUCUUCAUCAUCGGUUCACUGUCCCUUCCUGACACGCCCAACUCUUUGAUCGAGCGUGGUGAAAGAGAGGAAGCUAGGGAAAGACUUCAAAGUAUUCGUGGCAAUGUCAAUGUUGAUGAGGAGUUCAAUGACCUAGUUAAGGCCAGUGAACAAUCUACAGCGAUAAAACACCCAUGGAUAAAUCUACUGGAGAGAAAGCAUAGACCACAGUUGACAUUUGCCAUCUGCAUUCCUUUCUUUCAGCAACUCACUGGCAUGAAUGUGAUUAUGUUUUACGCGCCUGUCCUCUUCAAAACCAUUGGUUUUGGAUCUAAUGCUUCACUCAUGUCUGCUGUGAUCACUGGCCUUGUGAAUUGCCUUUCAACCUUAGUUUCAAUUGCCACCGUUGACAAGUACGGAAGAAGAAAUCUCUUCCUUUCGGGUGGACUUCAAAUGUUGUUCUGUCAGGUACCCCUUCAAAAUCUUCAGCUGUUUAAAAAUUCAGUUCUGUAG